AUGCCAAGCAUGCAUACACACCCUUGCUGGUAUUUCCUUGAACGAAGCGUUCUACACGGUUUGAGAAGGUCGAUAUCGACUGUGGGGUUUUCACUCCGCUCCGCCUUGAACGCGGCAAGGGUCGUUUCUCAAGUCGAUAAGAAGUUCAUCCUCAUCUGCGUGAAGAAGUCACCAAAUAUUGGUGAUAGAGAAGACGCAGAGCUUCUAGUCCUCGUCGACCAGCACGCGGCGGACGAGCGCAUACGAGUUGAAGGCUUACUAGCAGAUCUGAAAGCAAGCCCAGUGUUACUUCCAAACCCCUUGAUUUUCGAGAUCCAAGCUCGCGAGCACCGCCUCUUAUCCCGUCUUGCGUCUUCUUUCGCAGCCCUGGGUGUCGUCUAUGACAUGAGCGCUCCAGCUCGAUCUCCAAGGUGCAAGAUCAUCGUGAAAGCACUACCAGCGGCAAUCGCAGAGAGAUGCAGACUCGAGCCCAAGGUCUUGAUCGAACUGAUCAGGAGCGAAUCUUGGAAGUGCGAAGAAGAAGGAGGAGGAGGAGGCUUCCUAGCCACCAAGACCUGUCCACAGGGACUGCUCGACAUGCUCAACUCGCGGGCCUGCCGAAGUGCUAUCAUGUUCAAUGACGAGUUAACAAAUGAAGAAUGCCAAACACUUAUUAGGCGGCUUGGGAAUUGUGCUUUCCCCUUCCAAUGCGCACAUGGGAGACCGAGUAUGAUUCCACUGGUGGAUGUGGGUGCUGGCGCCUCGCUUUGUAUUGGAAAGCAGGUCUUUGGGUCGCAAAAGGGCGAGGUGGAUAUGAGCAAUGAAAGUAAACCUUUUGGAGCUGCUUGGAAGUUUUGGAAACCUGACGGAUAG